UAACACUGAGGUGGAGGAGGACAUUCCAGUCCAUGUGACCACAGGAAAUCCCAGUAAGAAUUUUGAUCAAAACUUCAUGUUAUCUCUAGAUCAUAAAGGAGAAAAUGAUAUCAUGCAGCGCUCUUCAAUUUCUCGUAAUGUCCAUCCAGGACUUCACAGUGCAGAUCUAUCAUAUAAUCCCCCUAAUCAUGAAGAACCUUCUCCUGACCAAUCAAAUAUUGUUACCCCAAGUACCAAGAAGAAAGAUGGUUUUCAGUGUGGGGAAUAUGCAAAACAUUCUACACACAGAAGAGUUCACAGAAGAGAGAAAUUAUAUUUAUGUCCAGAAUGUGGGAAAUGUUUUAUAUAUAAAUCACAACUUGUUAAGCAUGAGAGAAGUCACACAGGAGAGAAGCCGUAUUCAUGUUCAGAAUGUGGGAAAUGUUUUAGUUCUAAAGACAUACUCAAGGUUCAUGAAAGAAAUCACACAGGUGAGAAACCAUAUUCGUGUUCAGAAUGUGGGAAGUGUUUUACAAAUAAAUCAGAUCUUAAUAAACAUCAGAGACGUCACACAGGAGAGAAGCCUUAUUCAUGUUCAGAAUGUGGGAAAUGUUUUAACAGAAAAGCACAUCUUAUUACACAUCAGAGAAUUCACACAGGGGAGAGGCCAUAUUCAUGUUCUGAAUGUGGAAAAUGUUUUACAGAUCAAUCAGGUCUUGCUAAUCAUCAGCGACAUCACACAGGAGAGAAGCCAUAUUUAUGUUCAGAAUGUGGGAAAUGUUUUACAAAUAAAUCUGGUCUUGUUAAACAUCAAAGAAUUCACACAGGAGAAAAUCCAUAUUCCUGUUCAGAAUGUGGGAAAUGUUUCAUCAGAAAAUCAAAUCUUGUUACACAUCAAAGAAUUCACACAGGAGAGAAGCCAUAUUCAUGUUCAGAAUGCGGGAAAUGUUUUAGCAAAAAUGCAACUCUUGUUACACAUCAAAGAAGUCACACAGGAGAGAAGCCAUUUUCAUGUUCAGAAUGUGGGAAAUGUUUUAUCAAAAAAUCAAAUCUUACGACACAUCAGAGAAUUCACACAGGAGAGAAACCAUUUUCAUGUACAGAAUGUGAAAAGUGUUUUUUUUCUAAAGCCACCCUCAAAGUUCAUCAGAGUAGUCACACAGGAGAGAAACAAUUUACGUGUUCAGAAUGUGGGAAGUGUUUAGUUUCUAAAGCCCACCUCCAAGUUCAUCAGAGAAGUCACACAGGAGAGAAGCCAUAUUUAUGUUUACUGUGUGGGAAAUGUUUUACAAAUAAAUCAAACCUUGUUAUACAUCAGAAAAUUCAUACUGAAGAGAAGCAAUAUUCAUGUUCAGAAUGUGGGAAAUCUUUCAUCAGAAAAUCAAAUCUUGUUACACAUAAGAGAAUUCACACAGGAGAGAAGCCGUAUUCAUGUUCGGAAUGUGGGAAAUAUUUUAUCAAAAAAUCAAAUCUUCUUACACAUCAGAGAAUUCAUACAGGAGAGAAGCCAUAUUUAUGUUCACUAUGUGGGAAAUGUUUUACAAAUAAAUCAAACCUUGUUAUACAUCAGAAAAUUCAUACUGAAGAGAAGCAAUAUUCAUGUUCAGAAUGUGGGAAAUGUUUCAUCAGAAAAUCAAAUCUUGUUUUACAUAAGAGAAUUCACACAGGAGAGAAGCCGUAUUCAUGUUCAGAAUGUGGGAAAUGUUUCAUCAAAAAAUCUAAUCUUGUUACACAUCAGAGAAUUCAUACAGGAGAGAGGCCAUAUCCAUGUUCAGAAUGUCAGAAAUCUUUUACAGACAAAUCAUAUCUUGUUAGACAUCAGAGAAUUCACAUAGCAGAGAAGCCAUUUUUGUCUGUGGAAAAUGUUUUUCAAGGACAUUAA